AUGGAAAACUCAACUUCUAUGGAUAACGAAACUGAGUAUCUACAAUGGAACUCAAACGAAAGCGUAACACAAGCAACAACAAGAAUGGAUGAUAGUAGUUCUCCUGGAGAUGUCUGGACGGAUCUCAACAGCAUCACCUUAAUGUUGCAGGGGUCCAUGUCCCAGCAACUUGCCACCCCUGCUCCUUUCUGGGACACCCCGCUGAACCAUGGUCUUAGUGUUUUUGUUGGGGUGGCUCUGUGUGUCACCAUGCUCGGUCUAGGCUGCACGGUGGAAGUCUCCCAGAUAGGGGAGCAGCUAAGGAGACCUAUUGGGGUUCUUCUGGCAGCUAUCAGCCAGUUUGUCCUAAUGCCAAUGGUGGCUUUCCUCUUGGCUUUGAUCUUCUCUCUGAAUGAAGUGGCAGCAGUUGCUGUGCUGCUGUGUGGCUGCUGUCCUGGAGGAAACCUUUCCAAUAUCAUGUCGCUUCUGGUGAAUGGCGAUAUGAACCUCAGGUACCAUACCACCAACUCUUGAUAAAUGUUCAAAUUCUUGCUUUUGCCAACAUAAUUAUCCUAGUAAUGACUUGACAAAUAAUGCUAUAUGUAUUAAAGUCAACCUUACAAUACAUAAACUUUAAAGUAGUAAGGAACACUGCAAGGUAAAAGUAACAUAAAUGAUGUUAGUGUGUCAAAGGAAUGAGUUAAAUAGAAUAUUUGUAACAUUUAUACAGCUUUAUGUCAUAUGCAGUGACUAUACUAUAUGGAUAGAUUAAUAACGGUCUAUUUUCACCUCAGUAUCUCUUACAUGUGUGACACACACACACUCUCUCUCUCUCUCUCUCUCUCUCUCUCUCUCUCUCUCUCUCUCACAUGCACUGCAGAUUUUUAUGAUCCAAAAAAAAUAAAAAAUAAAAAAAAAAUAAAAAGCUGAAUCUGAGAAUUGUUUCCACAUUGUAAAUGUGCAACAGCUUACUUUGCCAAGGAAAGAAAUAUUAACAUUUCUCCUGCCCUUUGUCACACUACAAUGGGAUAUUCGGUUUUAUUAAAUGUAUUAUGUUUAUUCCACAAAACACUAAGGUGCCCAGUUUUUAAAAUAAAAUCCAGAGUAUUUUGAUAUAAAAAUUAAACUGGCCGAAUAUAAUAACAACAUAAAAACAUUUUAAAAAAUUAGUUUUAAUUAAAUGUUUAGAUAUUUCACAAGUUCCAGUAAUGGAGUUUAUCUAAAGGACAUAUUUAUAAUGAUAGGGACGGUGUGCAAUGCCAUUUCAAAUCACUUUUAAAGAUAUAUAUUCUUCUUAAGCCUCGACCAGGGACUUGCGGCAAACAUUAUUCAUGAACAGAGGACACAGUCAGAGAAUUGACUUUCUUAAAAUAGGGAUAUUUAGUCAUUCUAUGCAAAACACAACAAUUAAUCUGACAAGAUCACAUUUUUCACUUUUCUUUUACUUUAUAUUAUCUCCAAUAACACAUACACACACAGGAAAGUCAAGGCAAGCAAUACCAUUUCAGAAAGUGGGAACUAAUACAAUUAUAUAUAUAUAUAUAUUAUAAUCCACACCUCAGUGUGAUAAACCUUUGUCAAUAUCAUGAACAUUUGGAUGGAUGUUCUAACCCUUUUUACCCCCCUCUUUUGUUUUUUGUUACCCCCUCACAAUAAAAACAAUGUGAACACAAUACUAGAUGCAUUGAAAUAUCAAGUGGACUUCUCCAAAAUAUUGGACAGAGAAACAUUCUCUAUAAUAAAUGUAUUUUUUGUAGCCAUCUGUAGCACCCAUCCUAUGACAGUUGCGCUAAAACAGACUAGUCUUAGUGUCUAUACCAUUUUAUUAAGGUUGUUUAUACGGAAGAAGGCUAUAAUCACACUGUUUUACAUAUUUUCUCAAAAAAAAUACCUCUCAGUGAUAGGAAAGGAUAGGGCACUCACAAUCACACCCACGAACAGGCAAUCAGUUGUUGUACUUCCACAGAAAUGAACUAGGAGUCCAAUGAGUCUUUUGGCUGAGCAUCAUGACAGUUGCAGUCCAUUACUGUAGUAGUGCCAGAGAUCGCCUAGAUAAAACAUAGUAAAAAACACAAGUUAGAUGAAAGGUAUAAACACAGUCAGUUCAUUCUUCAUAGACUGAACAAACAAAACACUCUGUAGACACAGAAAUGGAAAAUACAGAUUAUUCCAUGCGUUGUGCUCUGUCAAGCUGCUACUGGAUGUGUUUUGUGUAUGUGUAGGUAAUAAACUACAUUAUGUCAGUGUGUCAACAGUCCUCUCUCUGCAAAGUGUACUAAGUAGGAACUGGCAAUGAAGGAUAACUGACACAGUUCAGGUACAUACCAGAUCUGUACAUAUUUACUAGAAAUAGAGCCAUAUCCAAACGUGGCUCUAUAUAUUAUAUUAAACAAAUAUCCAUUGACAUACAACUAGGUCACACAUCUUUCAUAUAAAUGCCAAAAGAAAUCUCAUGUUAAUACUAUUAAUCUUUAUAAGGCACCAACAAAUUCUGCCGCUUAAUAUAGAUCUGCAGCAGAUGAAUAUUCUUCAUCCUGGAUCAGCUGCCUUAUUAAGACACCAAAAUAAAUGUUGAUUUUAUAAUUACGUAAAAAACCGUUCAGACCCCUGACCAUUUUUAUCAUACCGAUGAGUAACAAAAGGUACGUUGUGAAUUAUUAUUCUGUACAAUAGUUUAUAUUUAAUUUCUUGAAGCUCAAAAUCAAAUAUUCUGAGACAGAAUUUAAUUUAUAAUUAAUUGAACCCCCACCCUUAAAGCAUAUCACUUGUACAAGUAUUCAUCCCCUGUGCUAUGGGAGUCCCCGGUUUACACAGAUUAAAUAAAUUACUCUAACAAGAACACAACGGAUAUCAACCUGCAUCCCAUUAGAUCAGCUAAAAUUCAGAAUAAAAACUGUUACUGCCUAGGAAACUGGAGAAUGUACUGCAGAGAUAAAACAAUCUAGAUUUGGAAAUAGGUACAGGCGAUAUGCCAUGAUUUGGAUAUUGCAGUGAUCACAUUACGUGUACACGGAGAUAAUAGGCAAGUUGCCCAUAAACAGAGAGCUGCAAAUAAGGAUAGAAAUUCAACAGAAAAUAUGAGGAAACAGGGAAGCAUGGGGGAUGUUCAUGAAUCUUUAGAACAGUCUUUUUUUUUUGGGGGGGGGGGAUAGCAUAUUUAAAACUAUGCAUAUUAUACAACUAAUAAUUCAGAUUUAUACAAACUGAGCCUGACUAAUUACUUUGUUUUAUUCUCAAAUGUAUCCAUCUUCCAAUAUUAAGGUUAAGCUAUGAUUAAAGACCAACAGUGCCAGGUAUUCUACAUCAUGUCCCAACCACACCUUAUGGCAAGUCGCCCCUUUCAAAGAGAAGAGAUGUAAAGGGUUGUUUGUUUUUUUUUUUUGCUUUCCACUGCAAUAUCCACAGGUUCACUUCUAACAUUGGAGCAGGUGUCUGGCUACUUAUAACCAGAUUCUGUGCUGAGAACAUAAAGGAUAUUUAAAUGUUCACUAUAGGGUCAGGAACACAAACAUGCAUUCCUGACCCUAUAGUGUUAAAACCACCAUCUAGCCCCCAUGCCUCCAUAAAUAUAGCAAAAUCUUACUGUAUUCAAGACUGAAGCUGUAACUCUGCAUGCUGUUUGUCUCAGAAAAACAAGCAGUCUGCUGACAUCAUCAGAAGUGGUGGCCUGAUCCAAUCACAAUGCUAUUCCAUAGGAUUGGCUGAGACUGACAAAGAGGCAGAUCAGGGGCAGCAUGAUUCAAACACAGCCCUGGCCAAUAAGCAUCUCCUCAUAGAGAUGAAUUGAAUCAAUGAAUCUCUAUGAGGAAAGUUCAGUGUCUGCAUGCAGAAGGAGGAGUUACUGAAUGUUUAGAUGCAUGUUAGGCAGCCAUGACCCAGGAAGUAUCUCUAACAGCAAUCUUUAAAGGACCACUAUAGGCCCCCAGACCACUUCAGCUUAAUGAAGUGGUCUGGGUGCCUGGUCCAGAUAGGGUUAAACCUUUUAUUUUAUUUUUAUAAACAUAGCAGUUUCAGAGAAACGGCUAUGUUUAUAAAUAGGUUAAUCCAGCCUCUAGUGGCUGUCUCAUUGACAGCCGCUAGAGGCGUUUGCGUGCUUCUCACUGUGAAAAAUCACAGUGAGAAGAUGCAAGCGUCCAUAGGAAAGCAUUAUGAAUGCUUUCCUAUGAGACUGGUUGAAUGCGCGUGCAGCUCCUGCCGCGCAUGCGCAUUCAGCCAAAGAGGAUGAGAGGAGGCGGAGAGGAGGAGGAGAGCUCCCUGCCCGGCGCUGGAGAAAGAGGUAAGUGUAACCCCUUCCUCUCCCCAGAGCCUGGCGGGAGGGGAUCCCUGAGGGUGGGGGCACCCUCAGGGUACUAUAGUGCCAGGAAACAGGUAUGUUUUCCUGACACUAUAGUGGUCCUUUAAUAGUGGCCAGUGAAGUUAUCACUAGGCUGUAAUGUGAACACUGCAUUUUCUCUGAAAAGACAGUGUUUACAGCAAAAAGCCUGAAGGGAAUGAUUCUACUUACCAGAAUAAAUUCAAUAAGCUGUAGUUGUUCUGGUGACUAUAGUGUCCUUUUAAUGCAUUCAGUGCUGGAAUCUGUAUCAUAUCUUGAUAUGUUUGUUAUGGUGCCAGGAGGCAGUGGAUGCCGAUUGAUGAGAACUGGAGAAUUCCCCAGCAUCCAAACCCAUUGCUUCUACUGCAGAGUUCAAGUUUAAAAUUUUUUUUUAUAUAUAUAUAUAUAUAUAUAUAUAUAUAUAUAUAUAUAUAUAUAUAUAUAUAUAUAUAUAUAUAUAUAUAUAUAUAUAUAUAUAAAAAAAACAUUAUUACACCUCUGGUUCCACCUUCUUCCCAUCCAGCGGCUGCACUACAGAGUGCCACACCACAAGGGCACCAUUACUAAGGUCUGCACCCACUGGAGGAGCAAACCUCACGCUGCCAGGUCUAACACAAGGCAGUCUUGCCUCUUGCUGGCAGCAGGGCUAAAAGACCGGCUCCUGCUCAGUGGUCCCAGAGCCAGAUUAAGGUUCACAGAUUGGGGCUCCCUCCUUGAGCCCUGGACUCUGAUUCUGUGAGUGGUGUUUAAGAGUAUGUGUAGUGACUGUGUGCUAUGAGAAGGCAGAGAGCUGUAUGGUGGGGGGGAUGUGCCUGAUCAUUCCUGUGUCUCUGUGUUAGUGUGCAUGUGUAUGUCAGGGAGCAUAUGUGUUUUGGGUAUGGGGGGGCUUCUUGUGGUUUUUGUGUGUUGUGUUCAUAGUCACGCUGUGUUUCAUAUGUUUGAGGGGACUGUGUAUGAUGACUAUUUUCAGGGGGAGACCGUGAUAAAAUGAGUAGGAGAGCAGAAAGUAAGCAGGGUGAGUGGGUAUAAGUGGGACAUGAGGACAGGCUAGGGUGUGACAGGAUUUGGGCGGUUGGUGACAGGUUUGGGGGGGAAGAGUGUGACAGAGAAAGGGGGUGAGUAAGAGUGAUGGACGGUGAGUAUGAAUGGAUUUAGCGGUGAGUAUAACAGGGUUAGUCUGGCAGGUUGAAAGGGAUGGUGCGUGUGACAAUGUUGGAGGGUGAUUGUGAUAGAGUGAAGGUGAGGGGUGGUGAGUGAAUUUAUGACAAUGUCUGAGGGUUAGGUGUGUGUGGGGAGUGAGUGACAUUCUGUAGGGAGGUUAUAUUAACCCCUUAAGGACCAAACUUCUGGAAUAAAAGGGAAUCAUGGCAUGGUCAUGUGUCCUUAAGGGGUUAAACACAGCCACCCACAUUGCAAUGUCUGUUUUUUGUUUUUUUUAAUAGAACAUUUGCGCCCCCCACACCUCCCUCCCCUCCGUUUACCUCCAAGGCAGGAAGGAUGCAAAAAUAAAUUUGGGCUUCCAGUGCAGCCACAGGCUUUUUGGUCUGGCACUUUGUGAGGUCGUACAUAGGUUGGAAAUCUCAGCACCUGCACUUCAUCUCCUUUACAGAGUGCAAGAACCACAGACCACCAGUUUGUCAUUUUUAAAGGGCUGUUCAGGGAGACACUCUCAGCCAAUCACAGCCACCCGUUGCUUGUCAGGCUAACACUUCCUCAUUACCCCAAACUUAACAGAGGGAAUGGACUGCUGAGUACUUUCAUUUAGCAUGAACGCUGAAUGGAAGGAUGGUCCCGGGGGACUCCAGACACUAUUACCACUUCAAUGAGAUGAAAAAGUUAUAGUGCCUACAGUGUCCUUUCAAGACCACUGCAAUUGAUAACAGAUUUGCAAACAAACAAAAGUAAUGAGUGGAACUAAUAAGCGGAAGACUUAAUGGGCUAAAUCAGGCUUGCAACCACAUGGUUGAAAAUACUUGAUGCUUUUAAAUGGAGGGCAAUAAUGUUCACCAAGAUUCUCCGAGUUACAUUUAUCUGUCUUUUUUUACCCUUAUCUGCAUGAUAAUAAAAACUAGUUAUCAAAAUUUAAAUCAUGUAGGUACAAAAACUCGUCAUGCUGGUGCCACUGAGGCCCCAAAGUAACAUAUCAACCCUAGAAGCAUGCUGUAACUGCAAUUAUUACAUGUUAAUUACACUUACUGCAAAAAAAACCAAAAAAAAAAAAACCACAAGUGUAGCAUACUGUGAAACAGUGAUGUCCAUUACUGGCUGCUUGUAAAGUAAGACUUCAUUACCAAGUAAUUGUAAAGUAAUGGUUCACUAACAUUUUACGAGUCACUAUGAGUCAGUAAUUAACUAGAUUAUUGGCCAGGAGUUCCUUUUUUAUUAAAUCUCCAAUUUCUCCCCGAAAUCUUAAAAGUGGUUCUUUCAUCAGAACAUAGUCUAUGCAAAAUAAUCUGGUACUAUUUGCAAUAUUGUUAUUGAAUUUUUAAGAGAGUGUAUUAGAGAGAUGCAUCAUGACACAUUCUUGAAUGAUCACAGUAGAGUACAUAUGUUUAUGUUAAUCAAUGAUAAUCUGUUCAGCAGGUUUUUUUUUUUUUUUAAAUAGAUAAAAAAUAUUUCCAGCUUUGUUUAAGGGCACAAAGCAUGUUCACAGAGUUCAGAAAAUCAUUAACUGGUUUCUGCAGUGUGGGAACUUUAGAUUUCUAUUUUGAAAGGCUUAUCUAAAAAAUAAUAUAUAAAGACCAUAGUCAUCUUUUAUAUACAGAUUGUGACUUCUUUCCUGUACCUAAUUACCUUUCAUAUCAUCUGUCCCCUAAUGCCACCUGUCAGACUGGCCUAGGAAAACCAUUAAAAUACUAUAUAAAGUGAUGCGUAAUUUUCUGUUAUAUUAAAAAAAAAAAGUUAAUCAUAACAAUAUCGAACACCACAAGUGUACAUUUCCUCUCCACUAAAGCCGACUUGGAUCUAGCUUACAAACUUUUUUUUUUUUUUAAUUCUAUAGAAUUAUUUUAUCAGAUUGAAGACUAUGUCCCAUGGAGUAAAAUCAUUUUUCUCUCCUACUGUCUAGCAUCAUCAUGACAGCAUCCUCCACACUGCUAGCUUUGCUGCUUAUGCCACUUUGCUUGUGGAUCUAUAGUCGACCCUGGAUUAACACCCCAUUGGUGGAGUUACUGCCACUAGGUGCUGUGAGCCUGACUCUCUGUAGUACUCUUCUGCCCAUUUGUCUGGGAGUCUAUAUACGAUACCGCUACAAUAGGAUUGCAGAUAUCCUGCUCAAGGUAAGGCUGUAUAAACUAUUACUGUAAUGUAUUACUUAAUGGAACACUGGAGAACAUAUUGCUUAAUUGUAGAUCCCCUGUAAAUGCCAUUUUGGAUAUCCAUAAUAUCAUUAGGUUUUACAAUAAGCAUUGUUGUGGUGGCAUUAGCCAUGAAAUCCCUGUACUAUGUGUAACUGCUCAUUGUCUCACAAACUCACACUGUAUUGUUGUAAUGUUGAUGGUAUUGCUUACCUGUACGUUCUAGAGAGGUAUCAAUGGCAGCACCAUGGCUGAGACACGAACAAGAACAAGCAGAGAUAAGAGUAGGUUGCAGGUUACACACCACACAUCAAAUGCUUUUUAUAUUGGUGAUUUGAUAUCCUGUUGAAUGUCACCAGUGCAACUAUGUUAUAACUGUGAAUCUCCUCCAAUGAUGCUCCCGUGUUUGGAGUGGUGAUGCAAUUAGCUGGACAGACAGAUUCAGGCAUUGAAAGUUACAUGAUCACAGGGAAGACAUUUUGUGUCUGUUGAUUUAAAUCAAAUCCACCCUGGUAGCAGUCAGUAACACUUGAUUUAAGUCAUGAUUUAUAAACAUAAAGACUCAGUCUUGUUGGUUGUUAUAAUCUUUAAAAUUUGAACAAAAAAAUUCCCCAAAAAAACUGAAUCGUCGCAAAUCCCCUAUGUAUAUGGCACCAAGUGGUUAUGAAACGUGUCAGGAUAAUAUUAGAGGAGAAGCUAGCCUUAGACAUAAGUAAAGGAACAAAGAACCAAAACCACUGCCGCUCGCUAUUUGUGGACCACCAGCACAGUCUCCAAUGGAACCAGAAUCUCCUACUAACAGCUUCCGUUAGGUCCACUGAGCUAAGGACAGCCAUGCUCAGCUGACAAUCUUAACCAAUAAGCUAAGCUCUGAACUGCCAGGCUACUGUAUCCACUACCUGGCAAACCCCAGACAAGUUGUAAAACAGUUCACAAACCAUUUGAUUACAUCAGUCCUGAUACCAGAACCACUACAGUGCACCGUGGUGAUUAUGGUGCUUUGAGUGUCUUUUAAAGAAUCACUCCAAGCACCAUAACCACUUCAGUGAUUUAAAAUGCUGCACAUGUGGUGUUUAACUCCUCUGCUGCCAGGGGUGUAACUCCACCUCCGGCAGUGUCAUUGGGGUCAUCAGCUAGCCAAUACAAGAGUUAUAAGCUGGUUAAUGUCAAUUCUGUACAACUUUCGUUGCACUGACUUCCAUUCAUUGGCUGAGAGCUGUCAGCUGAUGUUCUCAGCCAACAAAUGGCUACGGCCGUGGCUUCUGCAGAAGCCAAAAACAUUGCUUGUCUAUAAUAAGAUAUAAAAUGAGGGAACCGUCUAGUUUGUAUUGAUCCUAAACAGAACGGCCACAUGAUUAUGGCCACCACCAUUAGAAAGGAUAGCCUGACAGCUGAACCAAAUGUCUAUUAAUCAUAGACAUUAUUACGGAUUAUUCUCAAAUUCUGCAGCAACUUAAUGGCCAAGAUAAAUCAAUAGCUCAGUUCACGUUGGACUUUCAUUUUAAUUGUUUGAUUUAUUGUGAUGCCCAGUAUUCUAGACUGUACCCCAAGGACUUACCCAAAGCAGUCCAGGUAACAGUGCUAGCUUGACCCUCAUAUCCGUUCCAAACACUAUCUGACAGCAAUGCUUGAUAUGUGCAUAGGCGUGCCCUAAAGCACAAGCAGUAUAUAUAUAUAUAUAUAUAUAUAUACACACACACACACACACACACACACACACACUGCUGAGUGCGUUUGUGUGCUGUGUGAGGGUGCUGUUAGUGUGAUGUGUGUGUGUGACAGUGCUGGUAGUGUGCUAUGUGGGUGAGGGUGUUUGUGUGUGCGUGCUUGUGAGGAUGCUGUUAAUGUACUGUGUGUGAGGGUGCUGUUUGUGUGUGUGUGCGCGCGCUUGUGAGGGUGCUGUUAAUGUACUGUAUGUGAGGGUGCUGUUUGUGUGUGAGGGUACUGGUAGUGUGCUGUGUGUGUGUUUGUUAGGGUCCUAUUUGUGUUUGUGAGGGUACCGUUAGUGUGCUGUGUGUGUGUGAGGGUGCUGUUUGUGUGCUGUGUGUGAGGGUGAUGUGUGUUUGUUGGUGCUGUGUAUGUCUGUGGGUGCUGUAUGUGUGUGGGUGCUGUGUAUGGGUGUGUGUGCUGUGUAUGGGUGUGUGUGCUGUGUAUGGGUGUGUGUGCUGUGUGGGUGUUGUAUGUCUGUGGGUGCUGUAUGUGUGCUGUAUGUGGGUGGGUGUGGGGGUACAUAACUUGCUAUCCCCCCUCCCUUCUUACCUUUUGUAGGGAGGGGGGAUCGUGCUGCUGCCAUCCCUGGUGGUCCAGUGGAGAGUGAACUCUAGCCCCUGUAGGGCUAGAGUUCAUUCUUGCGAGAUUUGAGCGUUGCCAUGGCAACGCUCAUAUCUCGCGAGAGGAACCCGGCGGAGCUGCCGGCAAUAGCUCCGCCGGUCCUCUCCUGCCUCCCUACCUGCAUGUGGGUCGGUGGGGAGGGAGGCUGAGAGCAGAGCCGGUGCUCGGAUAGCGCUGGCUCUGCAUGAGCCGACAGGGGAGAUCCUGAGAUCUCCCCUGACGGUCUCAAUAUACAUAGGCGUGCCGCGGGGAUUAGGGUGUGCCCAGGCAUACCCGGCACACCCCGUGCGCACGCCUAUGGUAUGUGCUCUAUAGGUCAGAGAUUCCUGAACAAUAAUCAGAGCUACAUCCAGCGCUCCAAUACAGUUUCAUCAUAUGAGAGUUUUAACAAUAUUGAAAUGCUAAUAUUUAUCCACACAAACAAAAUAUUCAUGCUGCACCUUUCAUCAAUAUUCAUUUUUAUAGGACAUAAUUUUUUAAAAAUAAUUUGUUUAUAAAUAUUUUGUUACACAUUGUAUAACUGGAUGGAUCAAUUUUUUUUUCCAAUGACUGUGGGGAAAAAAAUGACUGGAUAGAAUAAAAAAAAUAAAUAAAUCAUCAUUUGAAGUAAUACCAGAAGGAAUUCAGAAGUAAAUGGUGAGCCUCUGAGGUCAGAGUAUUGCUGCAUUACAUCAGGUGCUUCUUACUGGAUUUGUUUUUUGUUGGGGUGGGAAAUUACCACCUAGCUCCCCCCACAAAAGCACUUACCCUAAUUAAUUUGGAGAUCAAUAUUUCCCUGGAAUGAUUAAAUGCGGUUUCCUAAUUCAGUUAGUAAAAAUAAACCACAUCUAUAGAUGUCAAUAAGAGUGGGGGUGGAGGUAUGUUUUCUCAAAACAUUAAAAGGGGGGUAGGAUAUCAACGUUUGUGAAGAGGGCAAUCCAAAUUCCAGUGCUGCAAUGCACCAAUUUCAAAUUGUUAGCCAUGACUGUGAUAUAACUUUCAGCACUGCAGCAGUUUUGUACUACAUUACCCACGAUGCUCAGUCAUAUGGCUAGCUGGGAAUCAUCAAACGUUUAGGUGCAUGAGGUUAGCUACAACAUUACUGAAUAAAUAUUGUUAAAACAAAUGGCGCUUUUUAAAUGUACUUGCAACUUCAAAAUAUGCCAGAUUACAAUAUCGUAAUUAAAAUUAUGUGGAGGUUAAUUUAAAUACAUUUAUUUCCAACACUGUGUUUUUCAGUUGCCCAUUUAGAUUUAGGAGACUCCUGAUUCCUGUUUAAAAAAAAAAAACCAAAACAAAACAUGGUCUUCUCUCCAAAGCUCUGAUACACCCACUAAAGAAAAGAGGUUCUGCUGCACAUGAGGUUCUACUGCACAUGGGUGUCAAUCGCCACAAUGUUCCAACAGAAUACUUCUCAUACAGCAUUCUACUUUGAGAGUAUUCAAACCCUGGAAAGAAGAGCACCCUCUUAGAUGGUGUGAUUGACAGCCAGAAAGGUGCAAACAAGAAGCUUCAUAAAAGUGCGGAUUUUUUAAAAGAAAGAUAGAUGGAACAGUCUGUUACCACUUAAAGCACUUCUUGCUUUAGAGUGUUCCUUUAAACAAAUCCAAACUAGUUAGAGAAGCAGGGUUUGCAUGAAAUCCUUCUGGUUAAUUGGCAGGAUAUGUUCUGCACAAUAAUCAUUUUUUUGAGAUCAGACAGCACAAUAUUUUAAGGAUCGUCAUCUAAAUACAGAGGAGAGAAAGUUUAAUGGCUUUGUGAAGAGAAUUUAGAUCCUACGCUUGUGAUGAGAAUUUUGAAAGCUUUAUUUAUUUCUAAUUUAAUAGAAAAUUUGUCAGAACAAUUAUUUACAGCAAAGUGGAGUUCCAAAAUAAAUGAAUUCACUUAAAUGGUCUUGAAUAUGGCAGGACAUUUUUAAUAAUAGGUUGCCUUAAAGAGACCCUAUAGGCACCAAUGCCACUUCGUCUCAAGGAAGUGGUCUGGGUGCUCCCUGUUUUAAUAGCAGGAGCGUCAACAUUUGCUUUGCAAGGUUAAUCUGCCUCUAGUGGCUGGACCACCUUAUUGGCGCAGAGCAACAUUUUGCCGUGAAUGCGCACAAGCCUCUCAAUGGUUUUCUAUGGGAAAAUAUUGCAUGGCCUAAAAUAUUCUUAGUGGGUAUAGGGGGUGGGCCAUUAACACAAUUUGUGGCAUGGGGCUGCUCAAUGUGGCCAAACCUGCCUGAAAAGAAGACUUGGCAGCUCAGCCUAGCAUAAAUGCAUGACAAUAGUGGGAUACCAGGGAACAAAGCUGGUAUAGCAGGACAGGACCCCAAAAUCAGGAAUGUUGGAAGAUCUGACCUCCAUCAUCAUGGAUUCUCCUAUUCUAAUAAAUAGAUUCUCCUGGAGGCAGUUCAUGUCACCACUCAGGAAGAUUGGGGCAGCCAAUAAACUGGGAUUAACAGUGGGGUUCUUGCAUUAUUAUUUUAGCUCACUUCCAGCCGUUCAUGGGAUGUGGUAAUGACAAUGGAAUUCUCUGGUUUACCCUGGGACAUUCCAGGCACCAAUUCAACUGAUCAAGUUUUUUUUUUGUAGUUUUUGCACUAAACUUUUUUGCAGCCUGCUGCACUAUAAGCUGGCCUCCCUAGAAAUACCUCCUCAUGUCAGAAAGACUUAUAAAAUAUAUGUACACAGCUCAGCCCCAACAGCACUGAGUGAGCUGAUUUUAAUACACAACCUGACUGCAGACAGUCAGAGAAACUACAAACAGGUAGUGAUAUCCUUACUGUAGGUCUCUCUGGGUGUCCUCUCCUAAUUCAGGUUGCAUUGUAGCUCACAUAAACCAGUGUGGUCAGUAGCUGAGCGGUGUACAUACAUGUCAGUAAGAAGUCUUUUUCUGGAGUUAGGGGCCGUGGCUAUGAAGGUAAGCUUAUAAUGCAGCAUUGUACAAAACAUUUUUAUUUUUUAGCAAAACCUACAAAGAUUUGAGCAUGCAAAUGAAAACAAAACAAAAAAACUAAACAAACAUACAGCAUAUUAAUGAAGUCAAAAAUCAAAUGCAUUAAAGUUGUAUUGGUAAUUGGAGUACCCUGUAUAUUGCAUGGGGAGAAGACCAUGACUAUAGCACUCUCUGCUUUUAUUUAGCAACUAAGAUGCUUGCAAUUUGUUAACCUCUUAUCUUCCAAGUACAUCUGCCUUUGGCUUAUUAUAAAGCCUUAUGGACCCUCCAAUGUUAUUUUUAAUUAAAGCACCAAAACCCUCUAUGUACCGUGGUUAUGUGGUUAUGGUGUCAGGAUUCAGGAGUUGUACUCCAAUUCCUAAUCAAAUUGUUUUCAAGAGAGUGUCAGCUGAUGCGGUCAGAGAAUUAAUGGCAUCCAUAUGGAUGAAGUUGAUAGAGCUAUUGUGGGAAUGUAGUUGUAAUGCAAUUCUGAUGAAUGGGCGCAUGAAAAUUGUUUAACUGAAAACCAGGGGAUGGUGUCUGCAACCCAAUAGCAGCACCAUAUUAUUAAUUAAUUAUUUUAACUUGAAAAUAAAAAAGCAGGUAAAAAUAAAUUUAACCCAAUAUAAGAAACUUUGGACAUUCUAGAUUAAUUUUUUUAACAGAAUCAAAUUAAAUAGAAAUGAAGCUUGUGUAUUAUACAUAAUCACUAUUUCACUGUACAUGAAAAGUGCCUUUUACAAAAUCCCCAAAUUGCAAUUUUGGAUCAAAUUCAAACACCAUUUCCAACUUUUGAAAUUCAGAGGAGCAUUUGAAGAACAGUAAAUAAUCCCUGAACGCGUUCUUUGAUUGAUAGAUUUCAUAAACUGACGUGUGUAGGCUGGAAGAUUUAUACAUGUUUGUUACACACUAGCCAAGAUUAAUGGUCUACCCAGACAGCUUUCUACAACAUUCCAUCAUAAAUAUUCUCUCUACUCUUAUUCAACUCAAAACAGGAGCACCGCAGUCAUGCAUUCAUUUAACUCCUUCAGAACAGUCUACAACAAAUCCUUUGUUAUACUGACAGCAUGGACAUGGUUUGUUUAUAUUGAGUCUUGGUCGUAUGUUUUAGCAUAUUAAAAUUAUUUCUGACAAUAUGGCAUAGAUGUGUAAAUAAUGGAAUUAAUAAAAGUCAAUAGGUAAGACUAUACAUAGAAAAUCGUGAAAGCUUAAAUGUGAAUUCCCUGGUUAAAUCAUUUGAUAUUAUUACAUGUUAUAUAUCCUUCUGCUUUCAGUGUCAGCUAGUUUAUACAAACCGAGAUGUGAGAAGAUUAUAAACGCAAGACAUAGGAUGACUUAUCAACUACAUUUUCCUAGACACAUAACACCCAUACAUAUUGCUAGACAGCUAGUGGACAAAUGGCAACUUUUGGCUUGGGCUUGUCUUGCAUACAAAAAUCACAGAGUUCAGUGUGGAUUGUCCUAAACACACAGUGUAUGCAUUACAUGUACUUGACAGAUACAGGCUGCCAGAAUUGCAAGGUGUGACAUAGAAUAUAUCCAUGCAACCCCCACCAUCAUGAGCGGCAUAAUAUGACAGAUCUUUCGCAGAGAUCUAUGCAGAUACAGUGUCCAAACUCCUCCAGGGAUAUCAUACAUACUCAUUACAGUCUGACAACCUGGUCAACCCCAUGUGUUCCAGUUCACUGAGCAAUAUCCCAGUGGACAGUCUAGUCCUGCAGAAUAGUACAAUUGCAGGCUAUUAAUCCAUGCCUAAAGCCAACCAUUGCUAGCAAAGGCCUUGAUUAAAUCCUGCCUGCUACCACACAUCUGCUGCUCCGUGCCAAUAAACACCCCACAUGAACCUCCUUAUAUUUUAAUCUGCAGGAGAAUAGUGUGAAGCUCUAUCUUCCAUCCUUGUAUGCUAGUGGACCAGGUGGAAAUCAACAUGUUGAUGAAGUUCAUCAAGUUAAUGGAACAAAACACUAUCUAGGUCAACGACACCUCCUCCUAGAACAUUUAGUGAGCCAGAGAAAAGCAAUGAAUGAUGGGACUUCCCCCCCAAAAAAAUACGAUAGUUUAACACCCCUGCUGAGGGUGGACUAGGUGAGUUGUUAGAAAAGCUCAAUAAAAUUAGCACACAUGUUGAGAAUAUUUUGUUGAGAACAUAUUCAAAACAAGAAUAAAUCUAAAUCUAAUGCUGCUAGUAACAUCCUUCAGUAUCAUGCUAACCGCUUCGCUUUCUUCUUCUUCCAUUAGGUUUCCCUUUGGUCUCUGCUGGUAACUUUGGUCAUCCUCUUUAUCCUCACUGGAGCAAUGCUUGGUCCAGAGCUGCUAGCUACUAUCCCAGCCUCCGUCUACAUUGUAGCUCUCAUCAUGCCUCUUAUUGGCUAUGGGUUGGGAUACGGCCUAGCCACAUUAUUCAACCUUCCACCAAACUCCAGGAGAACGGUGUCUCUGGAAACAGGAUGUCAGAAUGUCCAGCUCUGCACUGCCCUCCUCAAACUAGCCUUCCCUGCCCAUCUCAUUGGCAGCAUGUACAUGUUCCCCCUCCUGUAUGCACUAUUCCAGGCAGCCGAAGCUGGGAUUUAUGUCUUAGUCUACAAACUAUACAGGAAAGAAGUCCUGCAUAAACCAGAACCUCUGGAUGAAGAGGAGGACACAGAUAUUUCCUACAAAAAGCUGAAAGAAGAGGACGUUAAUGACAUAUCUUACGGGGCUGUAACUACGUCAGACCCUAGUUCCUUACCAGUGGAGGCAGCUCAGGAAAUGCACUAAUUGUUGAGAAGGGGUUGACUAUCCGUGCUUGAACGGAUUGUAGGAGAUGCAGUUUAUCUACAGCUGGACAGACACCUUUCUCACUUGUAUAUGGUACAUGUAUAGACUACGGAGUAUUUUCAGACUGAUGGAAAAUUUUACGAAUAUGUCUGUUUGCUGGGAUGUGACAAGGAGUAAUUGUUGAAUGAUUCCUAAGCAUUAAUGUAUUUACUUUAUCCUGUAAGUACAUUAUUGUUGAAAAGUUAUAUAUGGAUAUAUUCACUAAACACUAUACUGUAGUGAAUGAAAAAUUGAAUUCCAAACUUUAGGAUAAAAUAAAUAGCCACGUUGUGACUAUAGUUGGAGAAUUUCUUAAAAUCAGCUAGUUUUCUAUAAAUGUUGUAACUAAUUACAAAUUGGGAGUUUAUUGAAUACAUCCCAUAGUAUACUGGGUUUUAUGCUCUUUGAAUGUUUUGCCACAUGUGAUAAAACAUUAAACGGCUUCUGUAAAUAAGCCCUAGACAUGAAUAUUCCUGUGUAAAUAUAUUGGAAAUAUUUAUUGGCAUGCAUGUUUCUUCUCAUAAGCAUGUCAGUGGAUCAUGUGUCAGGGAUGUUAAUAUAGCCAAGUUUUUAAAACGGACACUCUAAGCGCCAUAAUAGCUGCAUCACAAUUUAGUUGUUAGGGUGCCAGGAGUUCCCGGCAUUCUCUCACCAUAAGGGUUAAACUUUUUAAUAGUAAAAAUCCACAGGGUAACCAUGGAUUUUCUACUAUUGCUACUUAUUUUGGGGCAGCGAACUUCCACCACAGUGUACCAGGGUUGGAAUUGGGCCUCCAUUUCUCUCUCCCAGAGUGCCACACUGGUUUAAAAUUUGAGGUUACACUUUUUAGGUAUGGUUUAACCCCACAAAUUGCAAAGACCAUGCACAUUUGCUCUGCGGCAGCUUCCUCUGUUGAUUCCCCUUAAGGUAAGAAAGCGCAAGGAACAUCCUGACACCAUAACCACUUCACUGUAUUAUGGUACCUUGAGUGGCUCUUUAAUCCCUCAAGGACCAAACUUCUGGAAUAAAAGGGAAUCAUGACAUGUCACACGUCAUGUGUCCUUAAGGGUUAAAGAGUUACCAUUCCAUCAUUUACAACUGUGAUUUUCAAGAUGUGGUGGACUGAGCUGUUUUUUUUUUUUUGUCAGUCCUCAAAAUAUACAACCGUCUUUUUGGUGCCUGGAAAAAUAAAUCUCUCUCCUGACGGAUUGAGAGGCACAGAAAAUCUGUAGAAUAAAGUGACACUAAAACCAGAGUCAAGCUAACAUUUAUUGCAAUGGUGGGCCUCUGAACCAGUGACACAACUCCUCUGGUAUCCAAUAAAUUGUCAAAGUGACUGUAAAUGUGUUUGUGCCAAAUAAAUAAAAAGACAUCACAACAAAAUGCUCAAAGUUCAGAUGCUUGCCUGUAGAUGACCUCAAUAUAUACCACUGUUUGACGCAUAACCCAAAAUAUCUACUACAGGGGAAAAAAUGUAAAUACAAAGUAAAACAAAACAAAUGUUAGUAAAGCUUUUCUUACCUUGCCCUCUGGGCCAGUGAUAGUCCUCAGACUGCUGUGGAAAAAAAUUCUGCUUCUCCAGUCCACUUUGGAGCAACCACUAUUUCAGCAAAACAGAAUAAAUAAUUGAAAGCAUUCUGUACAAUUACUUGAUAGACAGAAGGUGCAAAGUGAACACAAUGCAAACAAGAGGGGUUUAUUCUCUAAACAGUAGACUGACAAGGGAGGUUCAAAAAACAAACACAAUUUGCAGGUAUUUCUCUAAUUAGGCUAUUUGGCACUCAUCUUGCUGCUUGUCUGGAGUAAACAGUGAAUUUAAGCAAACCCCAAUUACAAAUCAGAAGCCUUUUAGUUUAAUUUAGCUUUUAUACAUUUAUUUUUAAACUGUGACUUGCAAAUUUGUUGGUAUUGUCACAUAUAGCUGCCAACACAAUAAGAAAAGUGGGUAUUUAUGACACUUUGUAGCAGAAUUUAGAUGUAUAAGAAACAUUUGAAAAAGUGAUUAUUUUUUAGUAUUUCUGUCAAUUGAAACAUAAACAUUAAUAUUGAAUUGCAAAAUAUAGUCAACAAAAGCUAAAUUGUGAUUAUAGUUAUUUUUCUACUUCAGCCAUUUUGUCUACAUUUUGCCGUUUGUUUUACAAUUCAGUGUCUACCGAAUACACUCUUUAAAAAAUAAUUUAAAUGUUAUGCAUUUCCGCCGGGAAACCAUUCACUAACCCGUGAAUUCGUAGGAACUCAUUGGGUCAUUUCUAAUUUUAGGCCUAAAUAUUUAAGCCGGAAACAUAGCAUAUUUGGAAAUGUUUUCCUGACAUUCACAGUUUAUGGAAGACCUUCCCACACUGUAUUCAUAGUAAAUGAUUGUUUUUCAAGACUUAGGGCUAAAAUCUGAACGGCAAUAAUUUUUUGAAAAAAAUCUAGCGCGAAGACUUUUCCUGAAUAAAGGGUGAAGGUUAAAUGGAUGACAUUGGCAUGUAUGGGAGUCUGACAAAUCAGGGUUUGAGAUAGAUAUUGCAAGAAUCUGUUACACAACUAGGGAAUGCCUAGAAUUAAAAAUAAUUGGUAGGGAAUCAAAGGGUUAAAACUCUGGGGCGUGUACCUGUCCACUAAUUUAGAAAGCUCAUAUUUUGUCUAUUCAGUGUGUGGCCAUACAUCAGAAACCACAAAUGGAGUUAUUCACUAGAGAAGCAUUUAUUGAGGGCUGGAAAGGAAGCUUCAUAUUUUAGGGCAAAAAAAAGUGAAAAUAUAAAAUUCAAUUUGGUGAAUUUUUCCAGUGUGGGUAUUUGAAUCCAAAACAUGAAAGGUUCUAGUGAAAUUGCCAACAAUGUCUGCUUUUGUGUGUAAUCCCCAAGCCAGAAUACUUUGUGAGGAGGGCACGAUGAUGUAAUUUAUUAAAGGAAAGUUUGGUGUAUGUAAAACUCAAUAUUCAUUUUCAAUAUUUACCAGAGUAAACCGAUGGGAUUCACUUAAGUAUGACUUGUUGAGAAUUCAAAGUGAAUUUCACAAUUAAGGACAAAAUAGUCAAAAUGGAAACAUUCUCUAAGUGAGCUUUGCUUUCAGUGCAGCUACUCUGGUCUUAAAUCUGUAAUUCACUUUGAACUUACUUUAGUAAAUAAAACUCAGUUUUUUUCUCUCUUGCGUAUUUAAAUUAGAAACUUGAAGGGCAGGUAGAAUCCAUACACACCUUAGGGGUUAAUCAGACCACCCACUAUUUAAACACACACCUGGUUGCUACAAGUAGCCACACAUUAUGGCUAGCUUCACAGAAGAAGCAAUGGAUAACUACAUGUACUCAGCAUAUAACCCUUAUUCUUACAGAUAUCUUAAUCCUAAAAAUAAGGGAGUUAGCUGGAGGCAGAAAAAUUAUCAUCUGACUAAUUAUGGAGAUGCUGGGGAGUACUUUGAUAAUUACCAGAGGGCUCAGCUGAAGGCUAUCUUGUCUCAAGUCAAUCCUAACCUCACUCCAAGGUUGAGGAAAGCGAAUACAAGAGAUGUUGGCAUUCAGGUAAAUCCCAGGCAGGAUGCCUCUGUUCAAUGCUCAUUGGGCCCCAGGACCCUUCUGAGGAGGAAGCUUGGGGCCAUUAGGAAACCACCACAACCUCCCCAAACCCAAGGCAGCCCUGCUUCACCCACCAAGGCAGUGCGCUUCCCCAGGACUCUGGCUGUGUACUCCCCUGUGGCUACAGGGAGGCUGGCUGCUUUCCCAGAGGAAGACCUGGAAAAGGCAGAGGAGGACCAGGAGAAGGCAGAAGAGGAACUCCAGAGAGAGGAAGAACCCAAACCACAAAGGCCGAGAGCAGAGGAGAGCCAGGUGCAAGAGCAGGUCCAGGAGGAGCCUAAAGAGAGCCCUGAGGUCCAGCAAGAAGCCUCUCCUGGGCAGACUAGAGUGAAGUUCCAGGUGAGUGGGGGAAGUUUUAUUGUGUCCCCAUUAAAUAGUAUUAGGUAAUGUUAAACAAACUGCUGGGCAUUGUUACUAACCAUCUUCCAUGCCCACUGGACAGGCUGCUACAUAGCAAUAGAGGGCGCCUUCACAUAAGGUAUACUGUGCGUUCAUUGUCCUCCCCAGGUACUGUGUGGGUCCACGGGUGCUACACCGAGAUCCACCUCCUUCAAUUUAGGCUGUUCAUGGCUAUCGUUGGCUUAUAUUCUCGCGUUAGGUGUUACCUCACUGUUUAGAACACGAUCCCCAAAAUAUCAAAGGGUGUGUCCCUCCUCUAAAUCUGGUCAACACUGUGUCUGCUUAUACUCCAUAAAUCGUAACAUUAGGGUUCAGCAUGUCAUGGAGAACGCCCACUCGAAUAUUCCAUAAACUCUAGUUCUUAGAGCACGAGAAGCCUGUGUGUGUGUAUUAUUUUUUUGUUUGUUUGUGUGUGUCUCUUGCAUUCCCUACACAGAAAGCAGGUUUGUUCACUUGAUUGGAAACUGUAGACUUUGUUUUUCUUGCUAAUAGGGUUGCACACAAUGCAAUUGUAGUGAACUAAAACAUGUACAAUACAAAUGUGUGCUCCCAAUUCUAUAGUGUCAGUCUUUUGGGUAAGCAGGCCCCAGUGCAAAAAGGAGUGCAAGGAAACUCCAUCUCUGGCUGAUAUUGAACUGAGUCAAACCAAUGUUUUCCCAUUGGAAAGCUAUUGCGCAUGUGCUGUAAAAAAAAAAAAACCACUUUGCCAAUCUGGGACAAUCAGACUGAAAUACAGUAGUGUAGUUUUUACACCGCUAUUUUGGCGAAGUGGCUCUCAGGAAGAUGACCACUAAAGGCAAGUUAACUAGCAAGUAUAAACAUUGCUGUUUUCUGGCUUUUUUUUUUUAAAUCUUGACUUGUACUUUUUAGUUCCUGGAACAGAAAUAUGGUUAUUACCACUGUAAAGACUGCAACAUUCGAUGGGAAAGUGCUUAUGUAUGGUGUGUGCAGGGUACUAACAAGGUAAGCACAGACUACAUUCUGCUUUCUGUAAAACUGAUGCAUAUAAUACAUUUAUUUUUUUUAUUCUCCCAUGUUUGGUGCAGGUGUACUUCAAACAGUUUUGUAGGACCUGUCAGAAGUCCUUUAAUCCUUACAGAGUGGAGGACAUAAUGUGUCAAGUAAGUGUCUUCAUCUAAAUAGGGAAACCUCUUCAUGAUAUUGCAUUGCCCUUUAAACGUCUACUGAAAAUGACAUGCUUGCAAAGGGUAGCUCAGGGUAUCCUCCUCCCUUCAAUGUUAGGUGGGAUAGUCAAACGUUUCUAAAACCCAUGAACCUGGUAAAAAUGACUUGUUUCAGUAUUGGAAUACAUUUGCACAAAAUAUAUUUUCCCUGUUUACGACUUGCAGAAUGCAAAAACUUGAAUCUGUCUUUUUAUGACCUAUUUUGGAUGACAGACUAGUUAUGGAAUACAAUAACAGACUGAUAUAAUCCUAAUGGACCAUGUAUCAGACAUAGAUCAAUUUUUUUUAUAUUCGGCCAAGCCAUGUACCUUCCUUCUGAAUAUUAAAACAACUGGUAUGAGAUCUGACAAUGGAGCUGUUGUAACUUUGUAUUUUCUAUUCACACUUUCUAGAGUUGUAAGCAAACCAGAUGUGUCUGUCCAGUGAAACUUCGCCACGUAGACCCAAAAAGGCCACAUCGCCAGGAUUUGUGUGGCAGAUGCAAGGGCAAAAGGUUGUCUUGUGAUAGCACCUUCAGCUUCAAAUAUAUUAUCUAA